UUGAAAAAGUUACACGACGUUCCAAUGCUGGCUUUUGUAAAAGAGCAAAAUCGAAGGGAGAGUGAAAAUCGACGGCAGUAGAAGGGCAACAGCGCCUGCGGCUGGCAGCUCAAAGCAGGUUAUUAAGCAUCACUUGCCGAUCAUUUUGCCACAGGCUUUCUGUAAUUUACUGCCCUCAGCCUUCAGGUUGUGUGAGUCUGCAGUGUGCUAAACAAAGAAACAAUAUGUCUAAGAAUGGGAAACAAACCAACAGGAAUGCUAAAGAUUCUGAGCACAAGAAAAAAAUUGAAGAGAAAUCAAAUAAAAAGGAAACUGCAUUUCCUAGCUCCUCCAACAGUCUGAAAACAUCCUCGAAAAAAUCAACGAAGAAACCUAAUCAUAAUAACUCCAGUCAGGAAGAUUCCCCAAAGCUCCAAGCUAAGGGAAAGAGAACAAUGGAAGAGAGACCUCCAGGAUUGAUUGAGGGGAAAUUGUCCAAUUCGAGGAUCAAUAAAAAAAGGAAAACUGAACACCAGGCUGAGACAUCUCCCUCUGGAGAAGGAAAUCUGUUGAAAAGUAUCAAUAAGGCACGUUUGACCACAGCAAAAUCAGUGGAAGAGUUUAAUUUUAACAAAAAACGCAUCCGUCUCCUUUCUAAAACAGAGAGCGUCAGGGAAAACUCUUGGGGAAUUAUUUACUGGAUGUCCCGUGACCAGCGAGUCCAGGAUAACUGGGCUUUCUUAUAUGCACAACGGCUAGCUCUUAAGCAUAAACUUCCGCUCCAUGUCUGCUUCUGUCUGGUGCCCAAAUUCCUAGAUGCCACCAUCCGCCAUUUUGGUUUCAUGCUAAAGGGACUCCAAGAGAUUGCUGAGGAAUGCAAGCAGCUGAAUAUUUCUUUCCAUCUACUCAUUGGUUUCGCCAAAGAUGUGCUGCCAGAGUUUGUGAAAGGGCACAACAUUGGAGGGAUAGUUACAGAUUUCUCUCCAUUGCGUCUCCCACUGGAGUGGAUCGAGGAUGUAAGACACAACCUACCAGAAAAUUUACCAUUUAUUCAGGUUGAUGCUCACAAUAUUGUACCCUGCUGGGUAACUUCAGACAAACAAGAAUACAGUGCCAGAACAAUCAGGAGGAAAAUUCAUGAUAAACUCCCUCAGUUCCUGACAGACUUUCCUCCAGUUAUCCAACAUCCUUUUAGCUCAUCCUUGAAAGUACAGUUGAUUGAUUGGGAUGCAGCUGCAGCAAACCUUGAAGUGGAUCGCACAGUGAAGGAAGUUGAUUGGGCUAAACCAGGGACUGCAGCAGGGCUAAUUAGGUUGGAGUCAUUCAUUAAGGAGCAGCUUCAGCAUUUCAGCACUGACAGAAACAAUCCAAAUAAAACUGCCUUGAGUAAUAUGUCACCGUGGUUUCACUUUGGUCAGGUUUCAGUUCAGCGAACCAUUCUGGAGAUAAAGAAAUACCGUACCAAGUUUAAGGACAGUGUGGACAGUUACAUUGAAGAAGCUGUAGUGCGACGGGAGCUGGCAGACAACUUUUGUUUUUACAAUAAACAAUAUGACAAGAUUGAAGGUGCUUUUGACUGGGCCCAGAAAACUUUGAAAAUGCACAGCAAAGACCAACGGCCGUAUCUUUAUACACUGAAAGAACUGGAAGAUGGGCGAACACAUGAUUCCUUGUGGAAUGCAGCACAGCUUCAGAUGAUCCAUGAGGGGAAGAUGCAUGGUUUUCUUCGAAUGUACUGGGCUAAAAAGAUUCUGGAAUGGACUACUUCUCCUGAGGAAGCCUUGAAGUUCUCCAUCUACCUGAACGAUCGCUAUGAACUGGAUGGCAGAGAUCCAAAUGGAUAUGUAGGUUGCAUGUGGUCAAUCUGUGGAAUCCAUGACCAAGGCUGGAAAGAGCGACCUGUUUUUGGCAAGAUUCGCUACAUGAAUUACAAUGGCUGUAAGAGGAAAUUUGACAUUGGUCAGUUUGAAAGAAAAUACAGUUACAAUUAGUUUAGAAAUCCAUUGUAAGUCAGUGUGCAUCCUUUCAUAAAAUUGAAUAUUAUGGAUGUCUUUGUUCCAUUUCAUGGCAAAUUCAGGGUGUGUGUGGGUCUAGGAGAUAGAUUAUGAGUAUCAUCUAUCCUGUUAUACACAAAACUCCCCUUAUUCCCACUUAUUUUUUUAAAUGAAGCUCCUGGAUCCACAAAGGCAACAGAGAAAUAUUCUAGAAUCUCUUUUUACUACUACUAGCCAUGGCCAGUCUUACUUUCCUCUUGAUGCUUUCUUUAAUUUUUGUUUUGCCAGAAUUAUGACAUUGCUUCAAUGUAUUGUGAUGCAAUUUAUGUUUAAAGCUAUAUAGAACAUAUCCCACUGUGACUAUUGAGAUAUUCCUGCUAAGGGCUUCUGCUGUCCAUUGCUGGCUGCCAAUAAUAUCUUAACCAAAUAAUUUUAAAGAUAAAGCAAGGCUAAAGGAAAUAGGUAAUGACAGCUCAGUUUUUAGCCCUGGGUUGGACAAAUGGAAUUUUGCACCAUUGUACACAAUGCCAGUUUCCUACCUCUAUUAACCUGCUCCCUUCAGCCUUUUUCUGAGAGGAGGACAAGGGUGACAGGGCUGCCCUACCCUUGCAGCACUCUGAAUGCAUUUGUCCCAACUUUAAUAGGUCACCCCAUUCCCUAUCCCAAUUAGAUGGUGAGCCUACAUUGUAGCCACUCACUUGCCAAUUCCAGGAAAAAUCUUACCCUGGUUUGAGUAGACAGCGAGGUUACAAAAAAAACACUUUCAUUUAUAAAGCACUUCACAAUCUUUGGAAGUCACAAAAGAUGUUACAGCCAAUUAAGAAGUUUUGAAAUUUGUGACAAUUUGUUGUGUACAUAUUGGCUGUUGCAUUUCAAACAUUAAAAGUGGUAUAAUAUUGGAAACAAACGUCCACAAAUAGUAGUCUGAUAAGAACCAAGUCAUAAGACCAUUAGACAUCGGAGCACAUUAAGUCUGCUCUGCCAUUUAAUGAGAUCAUGGCUGAUCUGAUAAUACUCAAUUCCACUUUCCUGAUAUAUCACAAUAACCCUUGAUUCCUUUACUGAUGAAAAGUCUCUCUGUCUCAGCCUUGAAUAUACUUAGCUGAGUCAUUAAGAAUUCCACAGUUCACAGCCCUCGGAGAAGAAAUUCCUCCUCACUGGUCUAUAGUUCCCAGGCUUGUCCUUACCACCCUUCUUAAACAGUGGCACCAUGUUUGCCAACCUCCAGUCUUCCGGCACCUCACCUGUGACUAUCGAUAAUUCAGAUAUCUCAGCAAGAGGCCCAGCAAUCACUUCUCUAGCUUCCCACAGAGUUCUCGGGUACACCUGAUCAGGUCCUGGGGAUUUAUCCACCUUUAACCGUUUCAAGACAUCCAGCACUUCCUCCUCUGUAAUAUGGACAUUUUGCAAGAUGUCACCAUCUAUUUCCCUACAGUCUAUAUCUUCCAAAUCCUUUUCCACAGUAAAUACUGAUGCAAAAUAUUAAUUUAGUAUUUCUCCCAUUUUCUGUGGCUCCACACAAAGGCUGCCUUGCUGAUCUUUGAGGGGCCCUAUUCUCUCUCUAGUUACCCUUUUAUCCUUAAUAUAUUUGUAAAACCCCUUUGGAUUCUCCAUAAUUCUACUUGCCAAAGCUAUCUCAUGUCCCCGUUUUGCCUUCCUGAUUUAACUCUUAAGUAUACUCCUACUUUCUUUAUACUCUAAGGGUUCACUCGAUCUAUCCUGUCUGUACCUGACAUAUGCUUCCUUCUUUUUCUUAAACAAACCCUCAAUUUCUUUAGUCAUCCAGCAUUCUCUAUAGCUACCAGCCUUUCCUUUCACCUUGACAGGAAUAUACUUUCUCUGGAUUCUUGUUAUCUCAUUUCAUUCCCAUUUUCCAGCCGUCCCUUUACCUGCGAACAUCUGCCUCCAAUCAGCUUUCGAAAGUUCUUGCCUAAUACCGUCAAAAUACUGUCAAAUACCGUCAAUACCAUGGGUGGCACAGUGGUUAGCACUGCUGCCUCACAGCGUCAGAGAGCCGGGUUCAAUUCCCGCCUCAGGUGACGGACUGUGUGGAGUUUGCACAUUCUCCCAGCGUCUGCGGGGUUUGCUCCAGAGAUGUGCGGAUCAGGUGAAUUGGUCAUGUUAAAUUGCCCGUAGUGUUAGGUAAGGGGUAAAUGCCGGGGUAUGGGUGGGUUGUGCUUCGGCAGGUCGGUGUGGACUUGUUGGGCCGAAGGGCCUGUUUCCACACUGUAAGUAAUCUAAAAUUGGCCUUUCUCCAAUUUAGAACUUCAACUUUUAGAUCUGGUCUAUCCUUUUCCAUCACUAUUUUGAAAUGAAUAGAAUUAUGGUUGCUGCCCCCAAAGUGCUCCCCCACUGACACCUCCGUCACCUGCCCUGCCUUACUUCCAAAGAGCAGGUCAAGUUUUGCAACUUCUCUAGUAGGUGCAUCCACAUACUGAAUUAGAAAAUUGUCUUGUACACACUUAAGAAAUUCCUCUCCAUCUAAACCUUUAACACUAUGGCAGUCCCAGUCGAUGUUUGGAAAGUUAAAAUCCCCUGCCAUAACCACCCUAUUAUUCUUACGGAUAGCUGAGAUCUCCUUACAAGUUUGUUUCUCAAUUUCCCUCUGACUAUUGCGGGCUCUAUAAUACAAUUCCAAUAAGAUGAUCAUCCCUUUCUUAUUUCUCAGUUCCACCCAAAUAACUUCACUGGAUGUAUUUCCAGGAAUAUCCUCCCUUAGCACAGCUGUAAUGCUAUCUCUUAUCAAAAAUGCCACUCCCACUCUUUUGUCUCCCUUUCUAUCCUUCCUGAAGCAUUUGUAUCCUAGAACAUUCAGCUGCCAGUCCUGCCCAUUCCUGAGCAAUGUUUCCGUAAUUGCUAUGAUAUCCCAGUCCCAUGUUCCUAACCAUGCCCUGUGUUCAUCUGCCUUCCCUGUUAGGCCCCUUGCAUUGAAAUAAAUGCAGUUUAAAUUAUUAGUCCUACCUUGUCCCUGCCUGCCCUGUUUGAUCCACUUCUGUUCUCAGCUGUACCCGUCUCCGAUCGAUCUCUUUCCUCACAGCUCCCUGGGUCCUCCACCACCACCCAGAUAUGAUCCGCAGUAACCCUUAAACUCUCUUUAAAUGCCCACAUCUGACAAGAAGUACAUAUCACUACAAAGGCCAUUUUUGCUCCUUUACAAUCUACAGACCCAGAAAAUAACAUUGUCUUAUUCCUCUACAAACACUGCCCCAGGUUAAGUUAAUAGCUAUGGCUUAUAUUUUAAGUUUAAUCAAGAGACUUAUCUCCAAAAACAUAUAAUCAAGAAAGAAUCCACUGUACCCACUACUGCAGCCUUUCACUUGGACAGACUUAGAACAAUAAUUAACUUAUCUGAUUCUGUGCUGUGAACUUCGCCCAACAGUUCCUCCAAGAUUAGUUGUGAAUUUCACUGUUUGUUAAUUUUCCCAGAUGCACUCCGAUGUCCAGUGAUACACGAAUUCAAACAGCAAAGGCAGUAACUGUGCAGGUUUUCUCUCUCCUGCACUGUCCUCACUCUAUUUUUCCCCUUUCACCUUAAACCUAUGCCCUCUAGUUCUGGACUCUCCUGACCCAGGAAAAAAGACUUUGUCUAUUUAUCCUAUUCAUGUCCCUCAUGAUUUUAUAAACCUCUAGAAGAUCACUUCUCAGCCUCCGUCACUCCAGGUAAAAUAGCCCCAGCCUAUUCAGCCUCUCCCUGUAGCUCAAAUCCUCCAACCCUGGCAACAUCCUUGUAAAUCUUUUCUGAUCCCUAGUAUAUCUUUCUAUAGUUAAGGAACCCAAGUUGUUCAUAUUAUUCCAGCUGUGAUCUGUCUCGUACCUUGUACUGUUUUUGCAAAAUAUCCCUGCUUUUACAUUCACUUCCCUUUGCAGUAAAGGCCAACAUUUCAUUUGCCUUACCUAAGCUCCGUGGGUAAUGGCAUCAGCAUUUUCUGAUUUAUGUAUUGGGACUUCUAAAUCCUAGUGUUCCAUUGCUUUCUACAGUUUUCCCGAUUUAAAUAAUAUUCAACUCUUCUAUGCUUUCUGCCAAAAAGCAUAACGUCACAUUUUCCCACACCAGGUACCAAGUUUUUCUCCCCCCAACAAGUCAUUGAAAAUUUUCAUAUGCUACUGCAGAAUCUCAUCCUCACCACUUGCCUUCCCACCUAUUUUUGUUAUCUACAAACUUCACUAUUAUAGACUCACUUUUCUCAUCCAAGUCAUUAAUAUAUAAUGUAAAUAAUUGUGGCCAAAGCACUGAUCCUGUGGCAGCCUACUAGUUACGGGUGACCUUUAUCCCAAUUCUCUUCCUUAUAUUAGUUGGCUAAUUGUGUAUCCAUGCCAAUAUAUUACUUCCAACACCAUAGAUGCUUAUCCGGUUAUCCUAAUGUGUGGUACCUUAUCAAAUGCCUUCUGAAAAUUCAAAUAUACGACAUCCACUGCUUCCCCUUUAUCAAUCCUGCUUGUUACCUCCUCAAAGAAUUCUACUAAGUUUGUUAGGCAUGCUUUUAACUUUGUGAAGUUACGUUGUUGACUCAGAUCACACAUUUCUAAAUAUUGCUUUUACAUCGCUUAUAUUAGAUGCUUAACAUUUUCCGAAUAAUCGAUAUCAUUAACUGACCUUGCCAUUCCAAAUAAAGGAAUUACAUUAAACAGUUUUCUAGUCCACCAGGACUUUUCCAGAAUAUAAGGAUUUCUGGAAGAUUAUUACCAGUGCAUUCAUUUCUGUAGCCUUUAAGAUCAUUGGAUGUAUCACACUGGAUCCAGGGGACAGAUUGUUCAUUAACUGCAUUAGUUUCCAAGCACUUUUUCCUCUAAUGGUAGUUAAUGUUUAUUUCCUGCUUUUUCGCCUCUUGAAUAUGUAAUAAUUUUAGAAUAUCUUUAGUCUUUUCUACUAUUAAGGACUGAUGUAAAUCUUUUUGCCAACUCCAAUUAUACUAGGGAUAUUUCCUCA